UACUGGUCUAAUUGUUUUAUUGCUAUAAAAUAAGUCAUAAAAGUUCACGAUUUCUCUGUUUUGGAGAGGAUCUGACGAAGAUGGCUGUCUUGUCUUUGGAAUCUCUGCCGUUAGGAUUCCGUUUCCGUCCCACAGACGAAGAACUUGUGAAUCACUAUUUACGUCUGAAGAUCAACGGCAAGGGUUCUGAUGUUGAAGUGAUUCCUGAAAUCGAUGUUUGUAAGUGGGAACCUUGGGAUUUGCCUGAUUUAUCGGUUAUUAAGACGGAUGAUCCUGAGUGGUUCUUCUUCUCUCCUCGUGAUAGAAAGUAUCCCAACGGUAGUCGUUCCAACAGAGCGACUGAAGCCGGCUACUGGAAAGCUACUGGUAAGGAUCGCAACAUCAAGUCUCGCAUGAACUUGAUCGGUACGAAAAAAACAUUGGUUUUCUACAGAGGCCGUGCGCCUAAAGGCGAGAGGACUAACUGGAUAAUGCAUGAGUAUCGGGCGACUGAGAAGGACCUCGAUGGCACAAACGCUGGCCAGGGCGUAUUUGUCCUCUAUCGUCUAUUCAGGAAGCCAGAUGAUAGGAUUGAAAAUUCAAACUGCCAUGAAAUUGAACCUGCUGGUUUGUCUCCCGCCACAACCAAGUCUUCUCCUGAUGAUGCACCAUCUACACUAGCAUUGGUUCAAGCGACUCCAGAGUCAGAUAUGCAAGUUACAAAACAACCGGCAGGUAUUGAGAGGUGGCUGGCUGACAAGUCUGACAACAUAAGUGAUGCUUUGGUACCUGCAGGGAGCAACUGCACUAGCAAUGUGGCUUCGGAUUUGGAAGAUCAUGAUCAAGAUGUUACUGCGGCAGAGGUGGACCCACAGCUUGAAGAGGAUUUGGGGUUGUUUUAUGAACCAACAAUUGAGCCAUUAUUAGAUUGCAAGGUUUUCUCCCCAUUGCAGUCAGAGAUGUGCACUGGCCUAGGACUUCCCUACAUGAAUUUUCCCUUUGCUGAUGACUUUGGCAAGAACCAUAAUGGUCUGGGUUUUCAAGAUGGCACAAGUGAGCAGGAUGUCUCUAUCUCAGAAUUCUUGGAUGCCGUCAUCAAUAACCAAGAUGAAUAUUCCUGUGAAGAGUCUACCAGCCUGAAGAAUUCGGCUUCUAAGAAUUGUAUGGUCGUCUCAGCUUGUGGAUGGCAAUCUGCCUUUGGCAAGGACAGUGGAUCAAACAGUGAUGCAGACACUGAAGUGGCCCAAUUCCAGUAUGAUCGACAGAUGGAAUCUUUGAGGUGGUUCGAUGAGAAUUUGGAUACAGAGGAUUUGCCUAUUGAUCAAGAAUCUUUUGGAGGAGCAGCUGUUUUUAAUGGUAGUAGUGUGUAUGGAAUGGUAAAUAAGGGUUUCCUCCAGGAUGACUCUCUUGUGCUUUCUAACUCUGCUGUGCACUCCCGUCACAAUUCGUUCAAUAUCAUGGACAAGGCGACCAGCCAUAAGAAUCCUGUUAAAAAUGGUGGCGGUUCUAUUGGGACUGGAAUCAAGUUAAGGUCCCGUCAAACACAAUAUCAAUCAGGUCCCCAGAACUUUUUAGCACAGGGCACUGCUCCCAGGAGAAUCCAUUUACAGAAUGAGCUUUCCCACAAAGUGGCAUCUUGCGGUAAGCUGAGGGGAUCAAGUUGUAGCAUGGCGGAACAUGAAGUUAAGCCAAAAGUUAUUGAGGCUGGUGAUGUUGUGAAACCUUCUACAAACGAUGAGCCGAAGGGAGGAAAAAUAUUGUAUCAUUCUAGCAUUGUCAGAGAAAUUAGUGGAAAGCUCAGGUUGAGGUCAGGAGGCGACACUGUAAAGGUUGGUGAUCAACGGGGGAUUCGUCGAGUGUUUCACAGCUCGAAUUCAUCAGGUGUUUAUAUUGUUUGUGUUGUUGUACUUAUAUUCCUUGUCGUUGUCUGUAUUUCGGUAAGGGGAUGGCUAAUAUCUUAAAUUCUUGAUGUUGCAUAGAGAAUGUACUCCAUAUACUCGGCUUCUGUUUAUUCUUGAUGUUAUUUGGGAGUAGGAAUAGGUUCCUUUUCUGUACAUGCAUGUAAACAACUCUGUUGAUAU